AUGUCUGAAAAGAUGGAAAAGAAAGAAGGCGCUUCUGGUGGUGCAGUUGAACAUAUCAACCUCAAAGUUGUUGGCAGUGAUCAAAAUGAGGUCUUUUUCAAAAUCAAGCGUUCGACUGCUCUUAGAAAGUUAAUGGAUGCUUAUUGUGAACGCCAAGGUAAACAACCCGGCUCUGUACGUUUUUUAUACGACGGUACUCGUGUUUUACCUCAAGAUACACCUAACGACCUGGAUAUGGAUGACGGUGAUUGCAUUGAUGUUAUGGUAGAACAAAUUGGUGGUUGUUGCGUAUAA